CACGACAAGACGAAGAACAACAGAACAAGCUGGCGUUGUUGGUGUUGCUGUGCUGCCUGUCCUGACCACACUCGAGUGUCUGUCUGUCCGUCUGUCCUUGUUCGUCUUCGUUUUGCUCCCAUCGUUGCUUUGCUGCUGAAGUUGCGGUGUGGCAUGAAUGGUACAUGCUGCAGUAGCACACCACCACAAAUGAACAUGGAGAAGGACUUGUACGUUGUCCACCAGGGCUUUUUGACCAAGCGUGGGAAAAAUGUCAAGAACUGGAAGCGCCGCUGGUUUGUGCUGAAGAGCAACGGGUCAAUGAGCUACCACAAACUGCAGGUGGCACCGGAGGAGCACACGGAGCUUCCACGCGCCGCCGGCGUCUUUGUCGUUGACACGGCAUGCACGAUUUUGCCCCGCGAGGAGCUCAAAGUCGCAAUAGACUGGGGUGACGCUGCCCCCAACACGGGCUUGUGCAUUCGCACGGAGGCACGUGACUUCUACCUCACCGCCUCCAACGCCAGCGAACGCAAGAUUUGGAUGCAGCGCCUGCGCAGCGUGCGUGACUUGACACGUCGCAAGCUUGGCGCAGGCAAAAACAACGUCUCCUUCAGAUCCACCGCAUCAGACGACCACAUUCAGACGACCUCGGGCCAGAACCGCCCAACCCAGCGCCCGACAAGCUACUCCGACGCAUCGCAAAACCCGCGGCGAUCACGAGUGCUGGGCGGGCGUGAUCACGCUGAUGACGGCAGCGACGCUGUCAGACAUGCACGGCACCGCGUGGCGUCGCAAUUGACAGACACGAGUGACGAUGACGGGGACUGUACAGAGGCAAUAGGCAUGGACAUGCGUGAGGAUGCUGACCACGGCGGUGGGGUUGUGCACACGGUGAGCCACGACUUUACAACACCCGCGACGUCGCAGCAGGAGGUGUUGCCAUUGGGUGGCGGGUUCAAUCUCAGCGCAAUCGAUGAUGAGGACGAUGAUGAUGACGGCCAGGACAACGCAGCCAACCACGAGUAUGUGAACGUGUGCGUGGCAACGGAUGCAACGGGGCUGAGCCACUUUGCGUUACGCGACAGUCUUCCAACAGAGGAGGAGGCCAAGUUGCGACAGCAGCAGAACCCGUGAACCGUGGCUGGAUGAUGAUGAUGAUGAUGAUGAUGAUGAUGAUGAUGAUGAUGAUGAU